AUGGAAGAGAGCCCUAUAGUGAUCGAUAACGGAUCAUAUGAAGUCAAAUUUGGUCCUUCUACUAAUGAGAAACCUUUUAGGGCACUAAAUUCAAUCGCUAGAGAUAAAUAUGGCAACUUUCAUCUUUCGAAUCAAGUACGUUCUAUCAAAGACAUCUCAUCUGUAUCCUUCACCAGGCCACAUGAGCUAGGACAGCUGUUGUCAUGGGAAUUGGAAACACAAGUCUGGGAUUACUGUCUUUACAAUCCCGAUGCUUUCGACGGCUGGAGCCUAGACUCUACGAAAGGAAAGCAUUUGGUAGCAUCUGAAACGUGUAUGACCAUUCCAGAACUGAGCAAGAACAUGGAUCAAGUUGUUUUUGAAGAGUGCGAGUUUUCCACCAUGUUCAAGGCGCCGGUCCCUGUCUUUGUACCGUUCUCAGUCAACGACAAGACUACGCAUAUGUUACAAGCCAAGGGUGAUAAUGCCAACGAAAGAGAAGAGACGGCCAAGGAUACAGAAACGACCCAAGAGUAUAAGAGCUUUGAACUCGUCAUAGAUUCGGGUUUCAACUGUACCUGGAUUGUGCCCAUAAUCAAGGGCAUUCCUUAUUACAAGGCUGUAAAAAAAUUAGACAUUGGAGGACGUUUCCUUAACGGGUUUCUACGCGAGACUUUGUCAUUUCGCCAUUACAAUGUAAUGGACGAGACAAUAUUGGUGAAUAGCAUAAAGGAAAACUGUCUUUUGAUGAGUCCAAAUUCCUAUUUUGACAGCUUUCAAUCGCGGCUCAAGACUGCUAAGGAAUAUGUUUUGCCAGACUUCAACACAAGUUUUCAAGGUUACUUGAGAAAACCGGGACAACAGUUACCAGAAGACUCACAAACCAUAGUUCUCCAAGAUGAACUCUUCUCCGUCCCCGAAACAUUCUUUCACCCAGAGAUCGCAUCCUUGCUAAGUCCAGGAAUUGUAGAGACAAUUCUGGAGAGCAUAUCCAUGCUGCCUGAGGCGUUCCGUCCUCUAAUGGUUGGAAAUAUCGUAGUCACGGGUGGCAACUUCAACAUACCAAAUUUCGCCGGCAGGCUUGCUACAGAGCUACAGCGACAAUGCCCUACGGACUGGUCUUGUCGAGUGUUUGUUCCUCGCUCUGACGCAAGUACGUUUGGGUGGCAUUGCAUGAAAGAUUUUUCUUCAACCCAGAGCUAUCGUGAUUCACGCGUUACAAGAGAAGAGUACUACGAACACGGUGUUGAGUGGUGUACAGCAAAGCGUUUUGGGUACCAAGCAUGGCUCUGA